AUGGGAGUAAGAGAAAAGCAGGUCCAACAAAGACUACUGGAUAAAGGUGAGGACCUGACGCUACCUAAAGCUAUAGAAAUCCCUCAGCAGUUUGAAAUGUCACAGAAACAGAUAAAAAUUGUCAGAGAGGAAGAUUCACAACUAUCAGAAGUGUCUGCUCCGAAUAAGGAAACGACCAGAAAUGAUGUGAAUCCAUCUGCUCCUCGGCUGCAAACUCCUGCACCAGGGGGAUCUGCGAGAGAGAGCUCUAGAGGACCAGCCUCUGCAGGACAGGAUUUCUUACAGUCAGUUCUUGCUCAAAGGGACCAGCUGUUGGCCCAGAAGGGUGUGAUGUUUCCCACUGCCGUGCCUGCUGACCUGCUGCCCAGGCUGGGGAAAGGCCUGGAGGCUGCAGUCUUCUCCCCCGAGCCAGAGCUUCUUAGGAAAGUGCUCUCUGCCCGCAGCAGAGCUCCACACCCAACCACAUCACCUCCUGCUGAGAGGGUCACAGAGCCUCAGUCCUCCAACACACCAUCCCCUGACACUGAGGCUCCUACCAGCUCUUCAACUUACAGUAUUCACUCAAUCACUCCUCUCAUUCACACCACUUCAGACACAAGACCUGAUUCAGGCGCAGCAACUACAACGAAUUGCAUGGUCAGUUUCUCUGGCCCAGAGGGCUACAUCGAUUCAUCAGAUGAUCCACCGCUACCAGAUGGUGCUUACCUACAGUGUACAUACUCAGUGACUGUAUACACGGGUUAUGGAGUGGAACUACAGGUCAAAAGUGUGAACCUAUCUGAGGGCGAACAGCUAUCAAUACGAGGGAUUGAUGAGGGUGGAGCCUUGCUUGUGCUGGCCAAUCAUACACUUCUGGUGGAGGGUCAGGUGAUCCGCAGUCCAACUAACACCAUAUCUGUUUUCUAUCGCUCAUCUCCGGAGGGUGGGGUGGGCACAUUCCAGCUGCACUACCAGAUAUUUCGUCUGAGCUGCGCGCUGCCUCGUCGCCCUCAUUUUGGGGAGGUGUCUGUACUGGACCUGCACCCCGGUGGCACAGCCCACUUCCACUGCCACAUGGGUUACCACCUGCAGGGGGCGUCCUUCGUCACCUGCCUCAACGCCUCUCUGCCUGUGUGGAGUGACAGAGAGCCCAGCUGCCGAGCUCUCUGUGGAGGAUCAGUGAAGAAUGCCACGGUGGGCAGGAUUCUGUCUCCCUCGCCUCAUCCUGGCCUUAACGUUACCCAAGAUCGCAGCUGCUCAUGGUCUCUGGAGGCUCCUGCUGGUCAGAGGCUGCAUCUCCAUCUGGAGAGAAUGACUUUGGGACUCUCAGACAGGCUGGUUUUAUGGAGCGGUCUGGAUGCAGGUUCUGUUGUCCUGUUUGACUCCGGUCGUGGGGGUCCAAUCCCAUUUGAGGGUGUGAUUAGUGAGGGCCCAGCAGUAAGGGUCCAGUUUAUUACGGAUCUUCCCACCAGUCAGAACACUGGAUUCAGUAUCCGCUAUGAAGCUUUCGAGAAGGGUCAUUGCUAUGAGCCAUACAUUCAGAAUGGGAACUUCAGCACCACGGAUCAGACCUACAGUGUGGGGACGGUGGUGCAGUUCAGCUGUGAGCCAGGCCAUUCUCUGGAGCAGGGCCCACCUGUGAUAGAAUGUAUCAACACACGAGACCCCUACUGGAAUGACACAGAACCACUGUGUAAAGCACUCUGUGGAGGGAAUCUGUCUGGGCCGAGUGGAGUGAUUUUGUCUCCAAACUGGCCGGAGUGGUACGGUGAGGGUGAGGAUUGCAGCUGGAGGAUCCACGUUGGUGAGGAGAAGCGCAUCCUGCUGGAUGUGCAGCUACUGAACCUUAGUAACAGUGAUAUGGUGACUAUUCUGGAUGGUGAUGAAGUUACUACGCGUAUUCUUGGCCAGUACUUGGGAGGCACCAGCCCAUUUAAACUCUACUCCUCCAGCCCUGACCUGACUAUCACAUUCCACUCUGACCCAGCUGGACUGGUCUUUGGCAAGGGAGAGGGCUUCAUUAUCAACUACAUGGAGGUUUCCCGUAACGACUCAUGCCCAGACCUGCCCGAGAUCCAGAAUGGCUGGAAGAGCCCAUCGCACACCGCCCUGGUCCGGGGGACUCACAUCACCUACCAGUGUGACCCAGGAUACGACCUGGUGGGAAGAGAGACUCUGACCUGUCAGCUGGAUCUAAACUGGAGCACACAGCCGCCCUUCUGUGAGAAAAUAAUGUACUGUUCAGACCCAGGACAUGUGGAGCACUCCACCCGCACUCUGUCUGACCCCAAACUCCUGGUGGGGACCACAAUCCAGUAUACCUGCAGUCCAGGCUUCAUCCUGCAGGGCGGCGCCACUCUGACAUGCUAUGGUCGAGAGCCAGGAACCCCAGUGUGGACGUCACGCCUGCCACACUGCGUCUCGGAAGAGUCUGUCUCCUGUGAGAAUCCUGGUCUCUCAGAUAAUGGUUACCAAAUCCUGUCAAAGAGGCUUUAUCUGCCUGGAGAAUCUCUCACCUUCGCAUGUUACCAAGGCUAUGAGCUCAUAGGAGAGGCUGCCAUCAAGUGUAUCAUGGGAAACCCUUCUUAUUGGAGUGGGCCAUUACCUCUCUGCAAAGCUAACCAUGACUGCUUCGGCAACCAUGCCUUGGCAGUUGCAGAGGCAGCGGGAGAUUCAUCUCUGGAUGGUGGUAGUAUGGCCAUCACCAUAUUUAUCUUAGUUCUUCUUCUUUCAGUCCUGCUGGGAGGAGCCUAUAUCUACAUGACCAGGUGCCGUUAUCACUCCAACUUGCGCCUGCCUUUGAUGUACCCUCACCCCUACAGCCAAAUCACCGUGGAGACAGAGUUUGACAAUCCUUUGUAUGAGACAGGAGGGGACACAAGAGAAUAUGAGGUAUCAAUAUGA